UUAUCAUGUACUAUUAAUUUCUGUUGUGCAUUCUGCAGUUCCAUGACCUCUUUGCUGAGUGUUGACGAAGAGCGAUAUGUCUCCUCACCUGAGGGUGGUGAUAGAGAGAUGAGACACAGACCCCACUCGGCACCACUGAGUUCUGUGUUUGGAAUCUCUGAGGAUUCUGUCUUCAACAUGGUCCAGAGAGGCCAGUCACAGAGUGAGAUCGUACUGUCGUCCAGUUGGAGUAGACGGGAGAAAUACAGACCUGUCAAAAUACCAACGGACACCAGGUUUAUGAUGGGUAUUGUAGAGUUGGUAAUGAACCUUCUCAAUUCCAGAUUGGCUGAGCUAAUGCGAAGUUUCAGUCAGGGAACUCUAGGUCCGCUGUCUGGUAGUAUCUCAGCAAGUCAGCAGUUUGCCCAAGAAAUGCUAAGCAUGGUGUCUGCUAAGAUGUAUUCCCAUGCCAUAGAGCAUAUUGCGCACGGCCACAAGUCUCCCCUUGAGUUAGAGAGGGAGCUUGAGGCCAUAUUGGGUCCUCUGGCUGGACAGGUUAUAGUCAUCAUCAUAGAUAGCAUCUUUAAGGCUAAAGCCAACGGAAGAAACGAGGGACGAGCGACCAGCCCCUUGACCUAUUUUCUCACUGCCAUUUCAGCAGAAAUACAAAGCCUAGUUGUUCAGAGAUCGGCUAGCAGACCGUCCACCAGACUGUCCAACAACGACCCACUGCUGAACGUUUCCAAGUCAAAGGUCUUAAGAUCAGUUCUGCUCAAAAUGGCAGAACUCUUUGGCCAAGGUCCAAGUGAAACCUGUCUAGUUCCACUAGUCCAGAGUCAGUCCAACAACUCUGUUUGCGACUGGACUCUGAAUGCAGGCACCGUUCAUCCAAGUCAAUUUCUGUCCCACAACAGAAUGACAGAAGUGUCCUCUGCCAGGGGGGAAGAGACUAAGAAGAACAGGAAGUGGCAUUUCCUACACAAAAUUGUCAAGAUUCCAAAGAUCAGGAUUAAGCUAUUCAAGACAAAAGGGGAACCGAAGAGCCACCCUGAACAGGAUUCUCUGCCUACCAAACGUCUCAGAGAGACUCGUAUUUCACAGGAUGCUGAGUGUGAGGUUCUAUCCACUUCCCCACCCAAGGAGGCCCUGACAACCACACUGGCCCCUGCUCCCCAGGAGUCCCAGUCCCGUAAACGCCCUCUCAUAGUCAGGGUGUUACGAGCUAUCUCCAGAGCCGUCUCCAAACCAUUCAGAAAAGCUUUUGGGAAGAAGAAUUAGCCAAAUGCCGGAUUUUAUUACUAUUUUAAUCAGAGCCUUUAUUUAAUAAAACAUUACUGCAUUGA